GGAAAAGAAAAGAAAAAUCACGUUUGUUCGUUUAUCAUCUUCGAUUUUCUCUCAUUUUCUUGCCUACUUUCUCACUCCGAAAACCCUCAAUGGAGCGAUACAAAACCCUACAGAUCGUACAAAAAAACCCAAAUUCAGGAGUCUUCCAUUUAUACCUUAAUCGUCCAUCUCAUCGCAACGCCCUCUCCCGUGACUUCUUCACCGAAUUCCCCAACGCCCUCUCUUCUCUCGAUCAGAACCCCGAAGCCAGCGUCAUCGUCCUCUGUGGCGCCGGCGAUCACUUCUGCUCCGGCAUCGACCUCAAAACACUAAACAUAAUCACCGACUAUUCUUCAUCCGGCGACAGAGGCCGUGCUAAUGAGAAACUCCGACGAGAGAUCAAGUUCUUACAGGAUGCGAUAACUGCGAUCGAACGGUGUAGGAAACCAGUUAUAGCUAGCAUCCACGGAGCGUGUAUUGGUGGGGGUGUUGAUAUUGUGACUGCCUGUGAUAUUAGGUUUUGUUCACAAGAUUCAUUUUUUUCUGUUAAAGAGGUGGAUUUGGGGAUAACGGCAGAUCUCGGGACGCUCCAGAGACUGCCCAGUAUUGUCGGGUAUGGUAACGCUAUGGAAUUGGCUUUAACGGGUCGGAGAUUCUCGGGUCAACAGGCCAAGGAGUUGGGUCUGGUGUCUCGGGUUUUUGGGUCCAAAGAGGAUUUGGAUGAGAGUGUUAGACUUAUUGCCCAUGGGAUAGCUGCAAAGUCUCCUCUUGCUGUUACUGGGACAAAAGCUGUCCUCUUAAGAAGCAGGGACUUAAAUUUAGAACAAGGAUUGGAUUAUGUUGCAACUUGGAAUUCUGCAAUGCUUUUAUCUGAUGAUCUAACUGAAGCUGUCAAAGCACAAAUCCAGAAAAGAAACCCUGUCUUUUCCAAGCUUUAACUUUGCUUUGAUGGCUUAUGCUAGACUCUGCAUCUCUUUUGUACUUUCCCCCAUUAUCGAAGCCCCCAGCCCCCUUAGCAAAUAUAAUAAGUGGUUUUCAUAUUGACCACAAAUAAAGGAUACGUUUCUUUAUCAACCUUCUAAGAUAUCCUGUAUUUUUCGAUCAGGUAUUGUAACUGUAAUAGCCCUGAUAUAUAUACUUUACUUUUGUGUCAAUUAAUGCAGAUGGUAGUGGAUGUUUAUCAGAACA